CAUGGUAGGAAGUAAUUAUUGAUGCCUGGUUGGAGAAGAUGAAACCUGCCUCCAUGAAAUAUAUUUGAAAAUCGGUCAUCCUACGCAUGAAAACAAAUUCAAUUAUGAUGGAAACAGAAGAAGGGUCACAUUUUAGUUUGACUUAUAGUGACAUAUCAUUAUGUAGGUUCUAUGUACUGCCUGUUUUUGGAUCACACGCAUUUCCAAGACGCAAUGAAACGUACCCUACGGCAUCAAGCGUAAUGUACGGCGAGGCAAUCUUGCAUCCAAUCUAGCGACUCAGCUCCAGUAGCCUGUGUGGUCUCUGGAGGGGGGAGACAUGCCUCCUCGCUCUGCCUCUCGCCGCUCUACAUCCAUGGCGCAUCUCCAGCUCUGAAUCCACCUCGGCUCUGGACACACACCGGCGUCGGCGCUCGAUCCACUCACUGACAAACACACACACACUUUGACAAAUGCAGCGCAGAGGACUGGACCGGCCGGAGACAUCUUCCUGUAUCUGAUCGAGUGCGUUCAUGCGUGAAGGAUGUAGAGCCAGAGGGAGGGGCAGGAUGGAGUGCUCCUGGAAGACGGUGCUGCUGCUGGUGUGUGCGUCUCUGGGGGUCCAGUACACGGCCAUCCGCACCCUGAGGGACUCGCUGUCCGGGCCCUGUCAGGGACCCUACCGCUGCCAGAGCAGGCACUUCAGAGACUCCAGGUGGAGAGCCUUGUGCGAUGACAGCUGGAUGCCUGUUGAUUCGCCUCGGAAGCACAUCCUGCUGUUCGCCACCACCCGCAGCGGCUCCUCCUUCACCGGGCAGCUCCUCAAUCAGCACCCAGGGAUCUUCUACGUGUUUGAACCUCUCUACCACGUCCAGCAGGCCUUCACCAACUCCAGCAGCAGGCUGCGUCGCACCCUGGACCGCCGAUCACUCCUGGGAGCAUACAGGGAUCUCCUCCUCAACCUGUACACCUGCGAUCUUCACUUCAUGGAGAAUUACAUCCGCCCGGAGCCCCAGGACCACGUCACCAGCUCCUUCUUUCGCAGAAGCUCCAGCCAUGCCCUCUGCUCCCCUCCCGUGUGCAUGGAAGCAGGGGACGUAGCAGUUUCGGAAUCCCCGGAUGAAGCCUGGUGUCCAAAGAAGUGUGGGGCCCUAAACAUCACCCUUGCCUCUAUGUCAUGUCUUUCAAAGGAACAUGUAGCCAUAAAGACUGUGCGGGUCCCGGAGGUGGGGGACCUGCGCACCCUGACAGAAGAUCCUCGUUUAGACCUGAAGAUCAUCCACCUGGUAAGAGACCCCAGAGCUAUCCUCGCGUCGCGCAUGAUGGCGUUCUCUGAUCAAUUCCGCGCUUGGAAAAUAUGGAACGCAACGGGACGGCAGCCUCGGUACGUGGACCUGACGCAGAUCACCAGCACCUGCAAAGACAUGGCGGCCUCCGCGGCAACAGGCCUGCAAACACCGGCAUGGCUGCGGGGACGCUACCUGCUGGUGCGCUAUGAGGACCUGGCCUUCAAUCCGAAGGACAAAGCCACUGAGAUCUACAGAUUUGUGGGGCUGGAGAUGGAGGACAGGGUGCGGUUGUGGAUUGCAAAGAACACAAACAGUAACGUGUCAUCUCCGUCGGAGUGGAACUACAGGUACUCAACUACCAGAGACUCCAGAGCGACAGCGGAGAGCUGGAGGCUUCGUCUGGGCUUUGACAUCGUCAGGACUUUGCAGAAUCUGUGCAACGACACUCUGGCGCUGCUGGGAUACAAACAGGUUCACUCUGCAGCCGAUCUCAGAAACCUGUCUCACAGUUUAGUGGAACACAGGGCUUUUCAACCAGUCAAGUAGUAGAUUGAUUGGUUGGUUGGUUGGUUGGUUUGUUUGUUUAUUUAUUUCAGCUGACUUUCCUCUUUAUCUAUGCUGAAGACAUGAAUGUAAUCUAUUUUACACUGAACAAAAAUAUAAAUGCAACACUUUUGUUUUUGCUCCCAUUUUUCAUGAGAUGAACUCAAAGAUCUAAAA